CACUCGGCUACCCGAGACCUCUCCAGACACACGCUGGCCAUCCUUCAUCGCGGGAGCAGAGAAGAUGAUCAUGGAGUUAGGAACUGUCAGGAGACGGCAUGCUGUGACGUAGUUACCUCACCAUCGCCAUAUUGGUGCCUGACCACGUCUGAUGAAGGGGCCGACAACGAGCUACAAAUCUGUCGCCUCGUCGACGUCGGCUGGAGGGGAUUAUGUUCUCCCAGGGGGCGUCUCCCCCUCUGCACUGCCGGGGGCGUUACACGCCUGGCUCGCCCUGACGUCACCUCCUGCCCCUCCGAGGGGAGCUGCCCCCUGCCCCCCUGCCCACUCCGGCGCCCCGACCCUCGUGCAGCACCACUCGUCGCCGGCGCAGCAGCGGAGCACACACACAAACAUGCAUUACGACUCCCUCGCCGGCUCCGGGCAUUGUCCGGGGCUCCAUUGUGGACGAGACCUUAGCUGCAGGGGCGUGGCCGAGUGUACACUCACGGAGCACACUCGCCAGCCACGCACUAACACAAACCAACGUCCUUCCCUUCGUUGGCUGCUGAGGAUGGGGUUCCAACCAUGUCUAAAACGACAGGCGAAUAUUCAAACAAUUGUGUGCCUGGCACUACGCUUGGAUCUCUGCGCCAAUAGCAGACCUGCCACUGAAGAAGUGCCAAUCACGAUCGACCCGCUCGAGACUCUUACAGUCAGCGCAGCGAAUGAACGAACGACAUCGAGUUGAGUACACGGAGGACUGUGGAGUCCAUCCUGCCGAGUUUUUUCCUGUUUCCUUCAUCCAGAGGCAGUCUUGUGGCGAGCAAUUACUGCAUGGCUAAGACAGUCUUGGUUACGACAUGGUGGGAGAAACACAGGUGUCGAAACAUAUCCGAACUCUGAACAUGGGGUUCUAAUUCUUUAAUAAAAGAAGAGUGACAAAGGAAGGGAAUAAAUAUUAAAAAUAAUGGUGUUUUUAAAUACUGUAUAAUAUGAUGAUAUUGCUAAUAAAUUUCAUAUAUAUUUGUUACGAAUCAAUA